AUGAAAUUAUUUAACCCAGUCAAAGUCGUGAUUUUCGAAGUUGCUUUAUGCUAUGUCUUAAUUUCAUUUAUUGUUGCUUCAGUCCCAGUCCUUCCAAACUCCAAAUUCGAUUAUGUACGUGGGCCCAGAAUUAGGAAUGUGCAUAACCAAUACAACAAUGAUCUUGAGUUAGAACACGAUGAAUCGUACAAUUCGAAAAAUGUCCAUAGUGGUGAAUAUGAUAUAGAUAAAGAAUUCGAUCAUGGGAUUAAAAAUGGAUAUGGUCGCAACUCUAGAGAUACAGAUCACGAACACGACCAUCUAAGCAAGUUCAGAGGAGACAGCUUUAACGGAUAUAAAAAGGAUUAUAAACCCAAACACAUUCUUGAAAGUGGAAACGAAUUUAGUCGAAAUCACGAUUGGGAACACAACCUUGAAA